AAACAAGAAAUUAAUUAAUAGAAUACAACAACAAACUAACAAAUAAAAUAAUCAAAUGAGAUAAAAAAGCUAUUUCUUGAAUAUCUUAUUCUACAUUAUUAUAUGCAUUAGAGUUCAAGAAAUAUUUGCGCUUGAGAGGGUUCUCUUGAAGUAUUACGAUUCUUCCACAAAUUGCUAAAACGAGUUACAAACUAACUGGAAUAUGAUUGGGGGAGGUUCUUUUCCUAACAAUAACUGCUAAUAAAGCUGUUCUAUAAAUUCAAUUAUAUAUACUGCUUUCUACUUAGUCCCGACUCAAUAUCCAAACGGAUUUGAAAUUACUAAAACCUUAGCAAGCACAGCUUCCAUAUUAGGUUUUGAUUUAGCUUAUUUUGUAUCUGGAUAAUUUACUGUUUCAAUAUAUGGAGAUAAUAAAUUACUAUACUAAUAAUCAUAUUAGCAAAUAGUCUAAAAUAAUUUUCCUUAAGAAAUAAUAUACAACGGUGUCAAUUGCUAAGGCUCAAGUUUUAGAACAAUUUUUGUUAGCAAAUACGUCAAAACAUAGAAUAUUUCUAAAUAUUAUUUACAGUUCUCUAACUUGCCUUCUAACUAUGGUUUUUUCAAAAUCUAUAUGUGGUCAAAUUGCGUUUUAAAUUGUGAUUAAUGCAAAGAUUCCUAAAAUUGCUAAGUUUGUUUAUAAGGUUUUUCAUUGAUGAUUAUGCCUUCUGGUUAACAAGUAUGUUCUUAAUAAGAGGAUUGCUAAUCAAGUAAUUGUUUGGAAUGUGCUAUUAGUGGAAUAACCGAAGUAUGCAUAUUAUGCAUACCUGGCUAUAAACUAAAUAGUUCUAAUAUUUGUGUUUCAACUGGUUUAGCUUGCAGUGCAGGAUAAUAUAGAAGUGAAUAAAACACUUGUGAAACAUAUACAAGUAAUUGUCUUAGAUAAAAUACAUCUGAAACUACUUGGUUAUAAUGCUUUGCUGUACCAGAUUAAACAACAUUUAAAUGCUUCUAAAAUAAAGUAAUUCUAUUAUAUUAAAGAGGAAACUAUAGUGCAAGAGUUUGCGGGUGCAAUCAUUUACCAAAUUGCAAUUAAUGCAAUACAAAUACUUGCACUUAAUGUAAACAAGGGUAUUCUUUUAGUGGAUCAACAUGUGUUGCAUCUACAUGCCCCAUAGGGUCAUAGAUGAACCCUAUUACAAAAGCAUGCUCUAGUAUAAUAUGCUCUGAUACAUAUUGCCUUAAAUGUGACCAAUUUGUUUGCUAAUAAUGUUUAGGUAGUUCAUAUUAUGUGUCAGCAACAAAUCCUCUUCAAUGUAAAUAUUGCAAUGUUCAAAAUUGCAAGUAAUGCAAUCCUGAUGGAACUUGUAAAACUUGUAAUCCAACAUACUUUAUGAACGGUUCAGGAAACUGCAUAAGCUGUGCUUAAAAUUGUCUUUUAUGCAAUGAUCCAUCAAUUUGUUAACAAUGUGUUACCGGUUACGUUUUAAGUAAUGAUAAAACUACUUGCAUUUGCUCUAUCCCUUAAUGCUUUUUGUGUAAUCCAAAUGAUGGAACUAUUUGUUCAAUUUGCAAUAAUGGAAUAUUUGAUUCAUUAUCAAAAACAUGUAAAUGUACAUUAACAAACUGUUAAACAUGUCUUCCUUAAAGUAAUACAUAAUGUUUAGCUUGUAAAGGUGUGUUUAUCUUAGAUUAGAAUAAUUAAUGUUAAUGUCCUAUAAAAAAUUGCUAAUAAUGUGAUUCUUCAGGAAGCAAAUGCUUAACUUGCGCCACUAACUAUAUUUUAAGCUCUGAUUCUACUUUAUGUUAAUGCUCUGUAUAAUACUGCUCUUUAUGUUCAAGUAACAAUUGUCUAAUAUGCACAUAAGGCUAUACUUUAGUUGGAAACUAAUGCAUUAUGAAAGCCUAAAAUUGUAUCAAACCUGAUCCAACGAAUGGUAUGAAUUGCUUAUAAUGUGUAUCUGGUUAUUUGGUUGUCUUAGAUGAUCAAUAUAAUAAUACAUGCUAAUGUAAUGUUUAAAAUUGCAAGUAAUGUUAGGCUUCUAAUGGUAAUUUAUGUGAUCAGUGCUAUACUAAUUAUUAAUUAAAUAAUGAUAAGACUUAAUGUUUAUGUUCUGUUUAAAAUUGCCUUUUUUGCAACUUAAAUGAUGGAAAUUAUUGUGAUUUAUGCAAUACUGGUUAUUAAAAUUUAAAUUCAGGUAAAAUUUGUUAAUGUUAAGUCUCCAACUGUUUAAACUGUAACCCUUAAAAUGGAAAAAUUUGUAAUCAAUGCUAAGUUAACUAUUAAGCUAGUGCUGAUUAAUCAAAAUGUACAUGUUAAGUUAAUAAUUGUCAAAAUUGCAAUCCUAUCGAUGGAUCUCUUUGUGAUAGUUGUGUUGUAGGAUAUAUUCCUUAAAAUAGUAAACAUAAUUGCUAUUGUGGUGUAAGUAAUUGCUAGAUUUGCAAUUUAUCUAAUGGAAAUAUAUGUAAUUAAUGUACAAAUAAUUAUAUAAAUAGUAGUGAUUAAACUUAAUGCAAUUGCUAAGUUUCUAAUUGCAAAAAUUGCAACAUAACUGAUGGGUCAAUCUGUGAUACUUGCAUUACUGGAUAUAUACUUACAAAUAAUAAUAAAUCUUGCCAAUGCUCAGUAGCGAAUUGUUAGGUCUGUAAUCCUUCUGAUGGAUCAUUAUGUAAUCAGUGCUCAAAAAACUUUAUUUUAAGCUCAGAUUCUAAAUAAUGUAAAUGUUCUGUUUAAAAUUGUUAAGUAUGUAAUUCAAAUGAUGGUUAUAUUUGUGAUACAUGUGUUAAUGGCUAUUACCCUACCAAUAAUAAUACAAUUUGUUCAUGUAGCGUAAAUAAUUGUUUGGUUUGUAAUACGUUAAAUGGUAACUUUUGUGAUUAAUGUUAACCUAACUUUUAGCUAAGUGUAGAUAAGAAAUCAUGCAUUUGUUAAGCUUAAUAUUGCUAUUAAUGUUCUCUUUUUGAUGGAAAUAUCUGUGGAAUGUGUUAUUCUGGAUUCUAUAAUAACAACGGAUAGUGUUAAUGUAGUGUAGAUAAUUGCCUUGAAUGCAAUCCAACUUCCGGAAAAUCUUGUAUUUAGUGUUAAACUAAUUAUCUUUUAAGUUUUGAUUAACUAAAAUGUUAAUGUUAGGUAAGUAAUUGUUAAAUCUGCAAUCCAAAUGAUGGAUCUUUAUGUGAUACUUGUGUGAUAGGGUACAUUCCAUAGAAUAAUAAUAAACUUUGUUCAUGCAGCGUCGAUAAUUGCUAAAAUUGUAACCCUUCAAAUGGUAGUUUGUGCCAUCAAUGCAAAUAUAAUUAUAUUAUGAAAAGUGACUUUACUUAAUGUAAUUGCUCUGUUGCUGGUUGUUAAAAAUGUAAUUAUAGCGAUGGUUCUAUUUGUGAUACAUGUAUUACUGGAUAUAUUCCUUCUAAUGAUAAUAAAUCUUGUUAAUGCUCAGUUGCAAACUGCUAGAUAUGUGAUUCAACAAAUGGAUUCAUCUGUAAAUAAUGUUUAUAAAAUUAUUCUUUAAGUAGUGAUAAAACAUAAUGUAAUUGUUCUGUAUCUAAUUGUUAAUCAUGCAAAUCAAGCGAUGGAUCUAUUUGCAAUUUUUGCACAAAUGGGUAUAUUCCUUCAAAUGACAAUAAGGUUUGUUAAUGCGGUAUGGCUAAUUGUUUGGAAUGUAAUCCUUUAAAUGGGUAAAUUUGUAACAAAUGCCAAUAAAAUUUUAAGUUAAAUGGUGAUUCUUCAUAAUGCUAAUGUAUAAUCCCUAAUUGUUAAUAAUGUAAUUCCAGUGAUGGAUCUAUUUGUAAUACAUGUGGUUAAGGAUAUACCACAUCAAAAGAUAAUAAAACUUGUAAAUGUAUUAGCUAAAAUUGUCUAUCUUGCGAUCCUUAAAAUGGUAAUCUGUGUCUAAAGUGUUAACAGAAUUAUACAUUGAAUUAGAAUUAAUAAUGCGUUUGCUAGGUUUCUAACUGCAAAAAUUGUAAUGUUAAUGAUGGAUAAAUUUGUGAUUCUUGUGAUCAAGGAUUUAUUCCUAUUAAUAAUAAUAAGGCAUGCUAGUGUGGAAUUUAAAAUUGCUUAAAAUGUAAUCCCUAAAAUGGAAAUGUAUGUCAAUAGUGUUAGGCCAAUUAUGCCUUAAGUUCUAAUUCAACAUAAUGUAUUUGCUCAGUUCUUAAUUGUCUUAGCUGCAAUGUUAAUGAUGGUUCUAUUUGUGAUAUUUGUUUAGCAGGUUUUGCUCCUCAAAAUAAUAAUAAGGUAUGUUAACCUCAAAUUAAAAAUUGUUUAGCAACAGAUCCUUAAAAUAAUACAAAAUGCAUUAAAUGUCAGCUAAAUUAUAUUUUGAGUGAAGAUUAGACUUAAUGCAAUUGUUCUGUUUUAAACUGCUAAAAUUGCAACUCUGGUAAUGGUUCAAUUUGUGAUUCUUGCUAAUAUGGUUAUAUUUCUUUAAAUAAUAAUUCAGUUUGCUCUUGCCCUAAAGAUUCAACAACAUGUAUUACUUAGUGCAAAGUUUAAAAAUGUAAAUAGUGUUCAGCAAAUAAUUUAGAUAAAUGUGAAACUUGUGAAAAAAAUUACUACCUAGAUAACAAUUUAUUGUGCAUACUAUCUAUGUAAAAUGACUUUAUUGUAGAUUAAAAAGUUGUAGAAAAUAUUGGUUAUAAUAUAACAAUAAAAUUUUAAAAUGAGAUUAUAGCAACUACUGAUAAUGUGAAUGGGUUACUCAGUAUUUAAAUAGUUGAUUACAACAAUCCUUUUAAAGUUGAAAUAGUAGAUAUCUAAAUUAAAUAAAUAAAGAUUUAAAUUUAUAUGGAAGGUAAUUGCAAAAAUAAAAAUUUAAUUGUUAAAAUGAAUGACCUAUAAUUUGUCUAAGUAAACAAUUUGUAAGAAUAAUAAAAAUAAGUUUAAUUGAACGAUUAUGUGGUAUUAACAAAGAGCCAAAUAUAAUAAUCUUAAACAACAAAGCAAGCAGCUUCUAAAACUUCAUCAACUCUCUUUAUAGUGAUGGUUUUAAUGACAGUAAUUGGAAAUACUUAUGUUUUAUUUAGCACAAUAGACUUAACUACCUUUAUUUACUUCAUGCUCUUUGUUGAUGUUAGGUAUCCUGAAAAUGUUAUGUCAUUUUGCUCUAUAUUUUAAAAUUUUUAAUUUGCAUUUGUCCCUAAUACCAUACAAAUUUAUUUAAUGGAUGCUAAUUAUACAUAACCAUACACUCCUUAGAAAUUUAUUGAUAACGGAUAUGAUGCGUAUUUUUUUAAUGGAGCUGGCUAAUCUUUGACUAUUAUAGUUGGAAUUGUUUCAAUUUAUUCAGUAAUUAAGAUACUUUCACUUAUCCCUAUACCAUAAAUUAGAUUAUAUAUAUUGAGUAAAAUCAAGAGUGGUUGGGAAUAUAAUGGAUUUUUUGACCUAAUAGGAUGCGUUUACGUUUAUGUAUUAGUGUCUACCUUACUCUAGUUUUAUUGCUUUAAAUUUGACGAAUCCUUAGCAUUUAUUAACUAUACGUUAUUUUCUUUAUUCUUUAUAUUUGUAAUAAUUUAUCCUAUCAUGAUUACUGUUUUUAUAGUAAAAUGUAAGAAUUUGAAAGAUCCUUAAAUACAACUCUAAUUUAGCUCUAUAAUAGGGGGUUUUAUUUUACCUGAAAAUGAGACUGUUGAAGAAAAUAUAAAAAAUAAUAUAAAUAAUAACAAUAGCAUUACAAAUAAAGAUUAGAAGAAUGAUAUUUAAAGCUAAAAUGGAGAAAAACUUAAUAAACUAAUACUCAGUAGAUAGUAAAAGCUUUAGUUAAAAUGGAGUAAAUUUACAAACGUUAUACUAUACUUAAGAAAAAUCAUUUUUAUCAUGGUCUUGCUAUAUUUCUAUGGCUUUGUAUACUUUUAGGUUAUUGUAAUAUGUUUAAUGAAAAUAUUCCUAACCUUUUAUUAUUUUUAUGUGAAACCAUAAGAAGAUAAGAACACUAAUAUUAAAAAUGGCAUAAGUGAAAUUCUGUUAAUUGUCAUGUAUGCAUCUAUAAGUCUAUUAGUAGAGGAUGAUGAGAAUUAGGAUGAGUAACAUAGGUUUAACAUUGGCUGGGUAAUUAUAGCAUCAGCUUCUACUAUUUUAGUUAUUCAUAUUUUUAGUGUGAUUAUCGAUUUAUUCAAAAGUAUAACUAAUUUAGUUAAGGACUUUAUUUGCACAUUAUUUAAAUCAAAAAAAGAGCUUGAAAAAAUUAAAUAAGAAAAACUAGGAGACAUUAAUUAAUCAGAGUAUAAAACUUUAGGUAUUGCUUCUCAAAUAUCUUUAGAAAAAAUCAGAAGUAUCAAAAAAAAGUUUAGUACAAUUAUAAUAUCUUAAAUAGAACCAACUUCUAGGCUCUCAUUAUCACCUUUAAAAAGAUAGAGAAGCCUAAAUAAUUAAUCUAUAAUAUCUCAUUAGAUAAAAACAAAUAAUUUUAACCAAUAAUAAGAAAAAUAGAAAAAUAAUAAUAAUUUAAAUUUCCAAGAAUUAAGCUUAAAUGAUAAAAAUUAGAAUUAAAAUUGGUCUUAAUAAAUAAAUCCAUUUUACAACAAAAAAUAUGAUAUAUAAAAUGGUUUAUCAGAUAACUAAUUAUAAAGUUAAUAUUAACCACUAAGUAAUAGAUUUUCAAGCUAAAAUGCUUAAUUACUGAAUAUUUCUAAUAAUGAUCUACUAUCCCAUAAAGAUGCUUCUAUGCAAUUACUAUGACAAAAUUAAUAAAAUAUGUAUUUUAUUAUUUGCUUUUUUUAUUUUUGCAUAUUAAAAUUAUUUUAGUC